ACGGAACUUCGUCGUUAACCGAGGACUAAACGGAGUAUGCUGAUUGGUUUAGCCGGAUGAAAAAAAAGUCUAAAGAGGGGCGUUGUUGUGGUCCGGUUCUUGCUUCUGUGCUGGCUGCUGGGUUCCGUGAUUGGACGACGGCUUGUUUUUCGGGGUGGGGGUCUGCGUGUGUUCGUUUGAGCCUCACGUUCAGGCAAAGGGGGGCGACUGGAGGGGAUCACUUCCAUGGACCAUCUGUCUGCCUGGGCUCAACAAAGGAGGACGCAGGAUGGUGUUAGUCCAUGUCGGAUAUCUGGUUCUCCCCGUCUUCGGAUCGGUUAGAAAUAGAGGUGCACACUUCACCAGGCACCAACACAGCCAUGCUACCUCCUGCCGACAUUUUCACCUGGGCGCCCCGCAGGCGCCCAUCUCGGCCGAGUUCCCUUUAGGACACGCCGGCCAGCCCGCUCAGACGGGCCUGGCCGCCCACCUCCCUCCCGGGCACCAUCAACCCCUCGCUGCCCUGCCUGCCGGCCCACAGUUCCAGGACGUGUCGGGGCCUCCGUUCCUACCUCAGGCCUUACACCAGCAAUACCUCAUCCAGCAGCAGCUUCUAGAAGCGCAGCACCGCCGGAUUCUCCCACACUCCAGAAGGACCCAAGAACGAGUUCCCCUCAACCCUCACCGUCUCCGCUCGGCUUACGAGUACUCCCCGCCCCUCCACGCCCUGCAGCAGCCCAGAUACCUGGCCGAAGGCACCGACUGGGAUCUCAGCGUCGACGCCGGCCUCCCUCACCACCAGUACCACCUGCAGCAGCUGCCGCAGCACUACCAGCACUACCUGGCCUCUCCCCGAAUGCAUCACUUUCCCAGGAACACGUCCUCUGCACAAGUGGUUGUGCAUGAAAUCAGAAACUACCCAUACCCCCAACUGCACCUGUUGGCACUGCAGAGUUUGAACCCCUCCAGGCAUGCUACUGCCGUGCGGGAGAGCUACGAGGAGCUGCUUCAGUUGGAGGACCGGCUAGGCAGCGUUAAUCGAGGCGCAGUGCAGACCACCAUCGAGCGCUUCACCUUUCCGCACAAAUACAAAAAGAGGAAGCCCUUGCAGCUGAAGCUCGGUGGGGAGGAAGAGGAGACGGACGUGGAUGAGAAGUGCACCAUCUGCUUGUCCAUGCUGGAGGACGGCGAGGACGUCAGGAGGUUACCCUGCAUGCAUCUCUUCCACCAAGGCUGCGUGGACCAAUGGCUGGCGACCAGCAGGAAAUGUCCAAUCUGUCGAGUUGACAUUGAGACGCAGCUGAACCCCGACAGCUGAUGAGAUUUUUCGCCCCCACGCCGUUUCCUACCACUGCUUUCUUCCAUCCUCCUCCUCCUCUUCUCAUACCCCCCCCCUCCCCCAACCACGGGUGCUUUUGCCAAAUGUCUCCUGAUUUUUGAUGUGACUUUUUUUCUUUUGGACUCUCGCUUUACUGAGCCAAGCCAGGGAGUAGAAGUACAAGAGAACUCUAUCUCUCUUCUCGCGCCUCCCCCCCUCCCCCCCCCCCUUUUCUCUCUUUCUAUAGAACACAAGCACAUCUGCACACACUAACAAGUCGUGUACACAGGGUUUCAUUGUAGCUUGCUGGUUUUACGUGGUGACCGUGGUGGUGUGGUGCAGGGGUUCUCAAACUUUUUGGGUCCAGGGAUUUGUUUUGUAACCCAAUCUUAAUACUAAACAUAAUUUGUACCCCUAAAUGUCAUAGGAAUUAAAAAGUUACCUAUUUUCGAGGGUGGUUAUAAUAUUACAAUAAUGUUUUCUCUAGGGAAAAAUAAUUGUUAUGAGAAUUAAAUUGUAUUGUUUUUUUUUAUUGAAAAAAUAGUCAUCUUUACAAGAAAAACAUUUUCUCAAGGAGAUAAAAAGUUAAUGAGAAUUAAGUCAUAUUUUUCCAACGUCAAGGCAAAAUAUUAUAAUUAAGUCCCUGUAAAGUGGAAAUAAAUCUAAGUCUUAUUAUGAAUUAUUUUCCAGAUGCCCACGUUACAGCUCGCGGGGCCCGAGGACUCCAGUUUGAGAACCAAUGGUGUAGUGUAGGCGCCUCUGAGCCGUGUAGCAUGUCCUUAAAGCCAUGACUUAACGUCCCAUUGCGAGCUGACUGUCUCUCUGACUCUUUCUUCUCUCUUUUUCCUUCUUCCUGGAACACAAAAAUGCCGUGUUUACCUUUUAUGAUCGUAGAGUAGCAGCAAGCACGCGAGGCGCGCCACCGCCUCCUUCGGGGUUGGGGGCGCCCCCGAGCGCCAUCUGUGGCGUGUUUUUAAAGCUAUCGUGCAGCUUUGACGUUUUGCAAUACGCUUGUGUCGAUCGACACUGCCGGCCGCUGAGUCGGUGAAUCGCCACAGUUCAAACUAAGUCGAACCUUUCCAUGGGAAUAAUUGGCUACUAGUUAGCUACGAUUCUAAAAAUAACUCACCUGUGAAAUUAUUCGAUUAGCAUCAACUGUAUUUUAGUUUUAUGAUAUUUAUUUUCUGUUAUUCCUCAGCUCAGCUUCCCAUGGAAAGUUUUCGGCCACCCUGUUUUGCAACUGGAGCUGCCAAACAAACGCCGCAUGUGUGCUUGCCCUGUCGCGCAACAUUAGCACAACGCUUCCGGUAAACGUGAAUUACGGGAUGCUUCAACUUAUUACAUCACAAAGCCAAAAAAAAAUAAAAUGGACGCUAUCAUGCACUGUUGGAGUAUACUAGUAUUAGUAGUAGUAGUAUGUGGGAAGCUUUAGCGCUGUCCUUGUUAGCUUUUCCGAAUGAAAACUGCAUGCGUUUGUGGUCCCGGCAGCUUAAAACUACAAAGAUGGCGUCCUUUAUUAUUUCAGAGCUAAAGAACAAGCACAGGCUUUUUAUUGGCUCCUACUUGAGUGCGUGACUUUUUUGUGCGAUCGACCCGCCCCUCCCUUUCCCUUGUGGUUGCUACGCCGGUUGCUAUGCUGUAUCGCUGUAGAAUGUGACGUGCGACGGAGGCAGCCUCUCUCUCACAGUGCACAAACAACGACACAAUGAAUUCUCAUUCAAACGUGACAACGCCCUUUACGCACUGUGAUUGUGAUUAAUUUUUUACGUUGAUUUUUUUUCCGUCUUGUGCACUGCCAGUGUCGACACUGCCUCCGCCUGUGAUGACGAAGUGUUCAUAGUUUACACAGGGUGUUGUCCAUUGAGAUGCCUUAAGUAUUUAACAAUCAUAAUUUAUUACUAACUGUAGAUACAGUGGCUAUUUAAAUUUUUUUUUUUAUCAUUUUAUUUAUUUAGACACACACACAUUAAAUUGAAAAGAAACGAUUACCUCAUCUUCUGCAUUGUUUCCAGUGCUUUGCAUGCAGCUGUAUGGGAAUACUAAGGAAAUAUUUACAAAAAGGAAAAAAAUAUUAUUAUUAUUACUGUUAGCACUGCUGCUGCUGCUCUCCGUUAAAGCCUCCCCUAUCAUCUUCCAGUGGUGCUGUGGAUAUCGCUGACAUUCCAUCCCAUGCAACACUUGCCAAUGCUGUGACAUAAUAUUUAGUGGACAAACUGCAAUGGAGUUGACUGGUUCUUAUUAUUUCGUUUUUUGUUUUUUUUUCGGCACUGUUCUGAUAAGGGAACCCUCUCACUGGCACCUCUGUGCUUAUUAACAUUACUGUAUUUUUUUUUUUCUCCACUUAAACACUUUUCAGUGUAAAACAGUGCCUCACAAAAUAAUAAUAAUAAAAAAAUAAAAAAGGCACUAUUCAUUUAUUUAUUUUUUAAUUUCCAUCAUCCUUCCUCUUAGUUUCCUUUGACAGUGUACGGAAGGUUUUUAAAGCACAACUGCAUGUUUUCUCAGGUUUCAAUGCACUGAUUCAAUGGCUUGAGAUUGACUUUACAAAUAUAUUUUUUUUUUCCCGUAAAAUAGGUUUUCUUUAUGUUGCUUGAAUGCAAACAACGCACGGAAAUAUCUCGCCCGAAAAGAAGAGUGCCAGUGAAAGGGCUGCCGCUAUUUUUGUGUGUGUGUAUAAAUCGGAUCAAUCUGCUGUUUUAGCCGUGACUGCGCAAUGUUUUUCAAUAUGGGAUAUUUUAUCUGAAAAUAGAACUAUUUAUCAUGAAUAUUAAAGCAAUACCGCAUUAACGGUGACGAGUGUGUGCGACGUGGACGAACAUAUUGCAAAUACGUGUUAGAUUCACGCGUGGUGGAAUUUUUUUGUACCUUAUUUAUUCUACUACUAAUGAUGAUGAUUUCAAAAGUGGCAUUGCUAAACCCAAACUUUUUUUGUUUUUUGUUUUAAAAUUGUUUCAUGGCUUGUACAUUAUCUUUUUGUAUGUGCUCUUUUUGUAAUAAAAUGCGGAAAGAA